AAGUGGGGACUUAGUCGGUUUAAUGUUAGUCAGUGUCACACUAGCCACUGACAGGUCAAUAUAGUUGGGUGGAGCGUUUCUCAGCGUAGUUGGAAACAAACGUCGUCGUACUUCGAAUGUCUUGACGAACAUUUUUCUUGUGAUUAUAAACUUGCGCGUCUAAACUAACAAAGUGUACUACCACAAAGUGUGAUUUGAAAAUGGCUGAAGAAACUAAUUCUGCACCCAGUCUCUUAACGAGAUUGAAGGGAUACCUGAAGGAAGCGCCGUUUUUUUGUAAAAUUAUCGAAAUGGUUUUCUGUGUCAUUGCAGCGGGAUUAGUGGCGGGACCAUUUCAACAGAAUCAGAUACGGCCGACUGAUAUACACCACAUAGCGAUAUUUCAUGUGGCAGUGUGCGGUUAUAUUCUUAUAAAUGCGAUUCUUAUUAUGAGUCAUAUUUUGGGCGAAAAAUUGCCGAAAAAAACGGCUCUCAUGUUUUCGACGAUGGGCGUGAUUCUCUGUUGUACCGCCGGCCUCAUUCUGAUUCGCGACUGGGACAAUUUCUCGAGUAACCUGAUUCACGCGUAUCUGCAGGAAUACAGCGAUCAAACCGUAGCGGCUGGUUCUUUCGCGAUCAUAGCAGCUCUGGUAUUCGCCGUAGAUACAUACUUCACCAACAAGAACGACUGAUCGCCCGUAGAUCAUCGUCAUCGUAAGCGCGACGGAAUCAACCGGUUCAUUGCUCCCGCUUCCAUUAAAAGCUAUUAUUUCACUUUUUUUCUAAAUGUUCUACUGUCUCGAUUUUUGUGAAAAAUGUUCUUAGCUUCUUAAGUGUAUCUCCGCUAGUUUUAUCUUCGUUAAUGUAUUAAGAAAGUGAUCAUAAGAUCAUUUUAAAAUAAAAUGUAAGAUUUAAUCUCAAAAA